UUCAGUAGAUCUCCGAACACAUGUUGGUGUUUAUGUUUACAACAGAAUAAGAUGGGGAAAUCAAAGAAGUUGAAAUUGUCAAAGGGUGGCCAGGCGGGUCAGUUGCCGCUAGCAGCACAAUACGCCGCUGAUGAAAGUGUAAAAGAGAGUAGCCGAGUGAAAGUUAAAAACAGAAAAACAGAAGAUGAUGAGUUUGUCGAUGAUAAACUCAGCAAGAGGAUUCUCGCACAAGCUCGUGCACAGCAGGAGGAACUGCAAGAAGAAUAUGGUGUCCAGGGAUCUGGGGCAAAAAGUAACAAGCCCAGCACUGUGAGUCUUGGUAGUCGGACAUCACACGAUGCAUCAGAUUCGGAGGAUGAUUUACCAUCAGGAGGUGAAGAAAGCUACGAGCAGAUUGAAGUUAAAGAAGAUGAUGAAAAGGCCCUCUCGAUGUUCAUGUCGGAAAAUCCACCUGCGAGGAGAACACUGGCCGACAUCAUUAUGGAGAAGAUCACAGAAAAACAGACAGAAAUACGAACUCAGAUGUCGGAUAAUGCAAGUGUUAAUCUCGAGGAGAUAGAUGAUAGAAUUGUCUCGAUGUACAAAUCAAUCAGAGAUAUUCUGAAGAAAUACCGAAGUGGAAAACUGCCAAAGGCUUUCAAAAUUAUCCCCAGUUUAAAAAACUGGGAACAGAUUUUGUACAUAACAGAACCCGACACAUGGUCAGCUGCAGCAAUGUACCAGGCAACAAGAAUAUUUGCUUCCAAUCUGAACGCCAAGAUGGCUCAAAGAUUCUUUAACCUAAUUUUGUAUCCACGGAUACGAGAUGAUAUUGCUGAGUACAAGAGGCUGAACUUCCAUCUCUAUCAGGCAGUGCGGAAGUCUUUGUUCAAGCCAGCAGCGUUUUUCAAAGGAAUUCUUUUACCAUUGUGUGAGGCUGGAGACUGCACUCUGAGAGAGGCCAUUAUAAUGUCCAGCAUUCUGGCGAAGAACUCCAUUCCUGUACUGCACUCGGCGGCAGCCAUCUUGAAAAUAGCUGAGAUGGACUACAACGGAGCGAACAGCAUUUUCCUGAAGACACUUCUAGAUAAGAAGUAUGCCCUGCCUUACAGAGUGGUGGAUGCCGUGGUGCACCACUUCUCAAGGUUUGUGACAGAUAAACGUGAACUGCCAGUGUUGUGGCACCAGGCGUUCCUGACAUUCGUACAGCGUUACAAAGAGGACGUCUCCAGUGAGCAGAAAGACAGUUUAAUGGCCGUAUUGCGGACUCACACUCACUACCAGAUCACCGCGGACAUCAGGCGCGAACUCAUCAACUCCAGGUGCAGAGACGAGGAAGAUGCAGUUCCCAGAGAAAUGGAAUUUGAUUAAAUUGUGUUUUGUUCUGUAAAUAAAUUUGUUGGGGGGGGGGGAUUUAAAAAAAAGCUCUGCUAACAUGUUUGUUAGUGGACUUUUUCUCAUUUUUAUUAAAUGGAGGGCUAGCCCUGGGUAAAUAUUUAUGUUUGCCAAUCUUCAAUUUCUUUCGCCAAUCUAAAUAUGUAUUCGCCAAUUACAUUUUGGCAUUUCAGUCAAAAGAUCUUAUUUUUAAUCUUGUUCGUUAUGAUAAUAUAGUACAUGCUAAAAUGUACUUAUUAUUCUGUUUAUGUCUUGUAUGACAUUGUUUUAGAGGAUCUAUUUUUUUUACUAAUCUAAUAGUGAAAUCUGUGUAAAAAAUUAAAUUGAAAUUUUGAAAAUCUAUCUUCUAGAGAUUUUUAUCAGAUAUUUCUGAAACUUGGUUCUAUGAUUCUCUGGGGCAGUCUCUGCUAAUGUGUUCAUUAGUUGAUUUGUUCAAAAUGUUCAAAAUCUUUUUAUUAAAUAUGUAAAAAAAAAAAAAA